AUGGCCAUUCAGGUGUUGUUCAUGGUCAUUCAUGUCUCGAUGUUCGAGCGCCUCAUCCGCGCGCCGGACGAGCACCGGGUGCCUUCGGCCGUGCUCAAGGUGCAGCGACGCAUGCGAUCACACAUCUGUGACCUGACCCGGGAGUACUAUGAGAGCAUCGUGGCAAUCGAAGACCAUGACGUCUGUUCAACGAGAACGAUUCCAGGUCAUCUGGCGAAGCAGAGCACCUACAAGGGUCGGGAGGUUCCUGGAGUCCAGUCUCACAUCUUCUUGUGGACGCACUCGGGAAGUCAAGGGAAGGCGGAUGUUGGAAUGUCGAAGGUGAAUCGCCAAGAAGCCGAUAUGGCGAUUUGGUUGGCGUACUACUUGGUGCAGUGUGGCGUGCCAAAGACCUCGAUUGUGAUCCUGACACCGUACAAAGGCCAGCUGAUGCUCAUGCGGAAGAUUCUGUUUCUGACCAAUCUGCCGAGAGACUAUUGUGACGAGGCUGACAUUGUGAUCGCGUCCUUGGUCGUAGACGAGUACUCUCGCACACCAUUCGUGAAGCUGGUCAACCGGAUGAUCGUUCUGCUUUCCCGCGCGAGGCUAGGCAUGUACAUCUUGGGCAACACAGGCUACUUCGAGAACUCCCGCCAGGAGAUCAAGCAUUGGCAGAGGACAUUUACCUUGCUGCAGGAGCCACCCGCGUCCACAGACAAUGCUGACAAGCGUGUGGAGACCUUCGACAAACCCCGAGUGGGUCCGAAGCUGCCACUUUGUUGUCCGCAGCAUCCAGAAUCGACUUUCGACGCGGAAAGAGCCAAGGAGCUGCAACUUGGCUUCUGUGGCAUAACGUGUCAAGUCCGGCUACCGUGCAAUCAUCCGUGUGGUCUGAAGUGCCACUGGCCUCAGGAGAAGCACAACAAGAAGUGUGUUGCCAUGGUCGCAUCUCCGUGCGCCCGCCAUGAAGCUGACAUCACUUGCGAAAGCGUUUUUGCCAACAGCAGCUUUGAUGCAUUAGCUGAAUGUGAGGCAACCAAGCAUGAGACAAUCGAUGAAGCAUUGCGAACAUAUCGAUGUCCUGUCAAAGUGAACGUAAUGCUGCCUUGCACCCACGAGAAGGAAAUGUCAUGUCAAGAUGAGGAGGAUAUUCAGAGUGGCCAGAAGAGCUGGCCACGGUGUGAGGAGAUGUCUCACACUCCGUCCCUGGACAGCAGACCAUGUGACAAUGUGAACCAUGCAAGUAUGCUAGAAGUAGCAGCUGAAGCUUUAGUUGCCCUUUUAGCUGCCCUGGGUCCUCAGGUGCCGAAGUGUGAACAGAUGGUGGACUACGUGCCUGCCUGUGAGCACAUGACUCGGGUGAAGUGCUGGCUGAAGCAAGCCUACCAGCGCGACAGUGCCGCGCAGUUCGUUUGCCCGAUGAAGCUGGACGUCAAACUACCCAGAUGCAGCCAUGCGGCCAAGGUGUCCUGCGCAGAGAACAUCCAGCUGCAAAUCUGGCAGGGAGGCAGGGGUCCAAUUCGUAAAGGAUUCUUGGGAAUGUAG